AUGGCUGAUGGAUGGACUGAUGUGAGGCAACGUACUUUGAUAAAUUUCUUAGUGUAUUCUACACACGGAAUGGUGUUUGUGAAGUCUGUUGAUGCUUCAGAUUUAGUCAAAGAUGCCAAAACUCUAUUUACUCUAUUCUGUGAAGUCAUUGAGUGGAUUGGUCCUAAGAAUAUUGUCCAUGUAGUAACUGACAAUGCAGCUAACUAUGUAGCAUGUGAUUAUCAAAGACUGAGGCAGGGAAAAAUUUUAGUGAUCAUUUUAGAUAACCGGUUUUGGAAUGACUGUUAUCAAGUUGUGAAGAUUGUAUCUCCUCUCAUCAAAUUAUUGAGAAUUGUGGACUCAGAUGAGAAGCCUUCAUUGCCUUACGUUUAUGAAGGGAUGAGAAGGGAAAAAAUAGCAAUUAAGGAGAUGUUUAAGAAGAACAAGGAAUUGUAUAAGCCUUAUACAAGAAUCAUUCAAACUCGAUGGGAUAGACAUCUGAAGACCAAUCUUCAUGCGGCAUCGUAUUUGUUGAAUCCUGCAAUUACAUAUGGUCCAGAUUGUCCUAGCAAGUCAAAGUUAAUGAUGGCUUUGAUUGAUGUGGUUGAGUCUUACUCAGAUGAAGAUAUUGAUGGCUUCCUAGUGAUGAAACAAGCGACUACUUAUCGCGAAGAUGAAUGGUGGACAUAUUAUGGUUGUUCAGUUCCAGAAUUGCAGCGUGUUGCAAUGCGCAUUCUUAGUCAAACUUCUGCUUCUUCUGGUUGUGAGAGGAAUUGGAGCUUAUUUGAAAGAAUUCAUACGAAAAGAAGAAACAGAUUGGAACAUAAAAGACUGAAUGAUUUGGUUUUCACCAACUAUAAUCUGCGAUUGAAGCAUAGGAGUACAUUGAAGAAGAGCAAAAGUUAUGAUCCAAUUGACUAUGAAAACAUUGAUAUGGUGGAUUUUUGGGUGGCUGAAGAAGAUCCCACUCCGGAGUUUGAUGAUAGAGAUGUGGAUACAUUGGAAAGCGUCCUUAACAAUGACGGCACUGCUAAUUCAACAACUCUUGAGAGUGCUAAUGAAGGUGAUGAAGAUAUGAACAUUGCUGACCCUCCACCUUUACAAGAUGAUGUUGUUGCUCCUGCUUUUCCUUGUCCAGCUGUUGACAUCUCAGCCCAUGCAAAUGAUCUUAGUGAUGAUUUUGAUUUUCCCUAG